UUUCUCUCCGCCCAUGAAGAGACUGAGCAGAGGACACAGAGCAGAGUUUUAGUGGAGUUAGAAAAUACUUUGAUUUUCGGUCUUGUGUUUCGUUUUGUAUUUUAAGUUAGCCGUCAUGGUCAAAUCAAAGCUUCACAUCACUUUACUUUUAGAAUGGAAAUGUUCUCAUCGAGCCGCGUAGCCUCGUUUUAACACUAUCAUGGAUACGUUACGGUAAAAGAAGAAGUAAGAAAAUUUCCUGAUCGGAGCGCAGCACAAUGGACUCCAGACAGAGGAAGCGCUCUGGAGGAGGGAGGCUGUGGAGGAUUUACGUCUAUCUAGCCUGCGUAUCUUCGGCAUCUGCUCAGCUUAGCUAUUCCGUAUCGGAGGAACUAAGCCCUGGCUCUGUCGUUGGAAACAUCGCUAAAGAUUUGGGUCUUACUGCUCAAGGGAUUGUCCAGAGAAGGUUGCGGGUGGUCUCGGACUCAGUGCAGUAUUUCGAGGUCAAACAGACAACAGGCGAUCUGGUAAUUAAACAGAAAAUUGACAGGGAGCAACUGUGCGAACUGAGUUCAACGUGUUCACUACAUCUCCAAGUACUUUUAGAGGACCCAUUAGACAUUCACCGCAUCGUGGUGGACAUUCUGGAUGUGAAUGACAACGCACCGCAGUUCUCAACCAGAAACAUUUCGUUGGAAGUAUCAGAGGCGGCAGCGCCGGGCACACGGUUCCGUUUGGAAAGCGCACACGAUCCAGACGUGGGCACGAACUCUUUACGCACUUACCAUGUGGCAACAAAUGACUUUUUCAUUUUGAAUGUGCAAACUAAAAGUGAUGGAAGCAAGUUUCCAGAGCUAGUAGUGGAUAAACCUUUGGACAGGGAGAAGCAGGCCUCGUUUCGCCUGUUGCUCACUGCUGUGGAUGGAGGUCAGCCGGAGAAAUCUGGCUCAACUCUCCUGCUCAUUAAAAUUCUGGAUGUAAAUGACAAUGCACCGGUCUUUGACGAACCUGUAAAGAAAGUUAACCUAUUAGAAAAUGUUGCACGGGGCACUUUAGUAACGAAAUUAAACGCUACAGAUGCUGAUUCGGGUAACAACGGUCAGAUAUCAUUCCUGUUUAGUAAAUACACACCGGAACGCGUUCUCCAGCUUUUCAGUGUGGAUUCUAAAACUGGAGAGAUCCGUGUGAAGGGCGAUGUGGAUUAUGAGAAGGCCACUGCAUAUCACCUCACAGUACAGGCCAGAGAUGGCGGCUCUCCCGCUAUGGAGGGUUCCUGUAACGUCAUAGUGGAUAUCAUUGAUGUGAAUGACAAUGCACCGGAGGUGACGCUUACGUCACUUACGAGCUCCAUCAGAGAAGACUCAGCACCAGAGACCGUUGUAGCGCUCAUAAGUGCACGUGACUUGGAUUCUGGUGUGAAUGGGGAGGUUAAAUUAACUAUCCCACCAGGUUUGCCAUUCAAACUUAAUUCAGCCUUUGGCAUGCAUUACAGUCUCACCACUGCUGCUAAACUGGACCAUGAGACUGUCCCAGAGUAUACAGUGGUCAUCAAGGCUACUGAUGCUGGCUCCCCUCCCCUUUCAUCCCAAACCACUUUUGUGGUGAAACUUUCAGAUGUAAAUGAUAAUGCCCCCACCUUCUCUCAGCCUUCAUAUUCUGUGGACAUCCCAGAGAACAACGCACCCAGCUCCCCCAUUGCUAUUGUUUCUGCCACUGACCCAGACCUUGGUGAAAAUGCUCGCAUCUCCUAUUCCAUCCUUCCCACCAUGGUCCAGGGCUCAUCUAUAUCUUCUUAUGUCUACAUUAACCCAGAAAGUGGCCACAUCUACAGCAUGCGUUCACUGGAUCAUGAGCAGCUUAAUGCUUUUCGUUUUGAGGUACAAGCUCAGGAUGCUGGGGUGCCCCCAAGGACAACAAACGUCACUGUGCAUGUGUUUGUAGUGGAUGUCAAUGACAAUGCACCAGUGAUUGUACACCCCUCCUACCCUAAAGACAAGAGAUUGCAACUCACUGUGCCCCCAUCUGCCAGCGCAGGAUACCUCAUAAAUAAACUGGUUGGGGUAGAUGCAGACAGUGGGCACAAUGCAUGGUUGUUUUACUCAAUCGCCCCUGGACCAAAUGCUGGCAUGUUCCGUAUUGGGGCACACACUGGGGAGCUCCGCACAGCUCGCAAGUGGGCCGAGGAGGAAACUGGUUCAACGUAUGACAUAACCGUCAUCAUCCAGGAUAAUGGGGACCCACCAAAGUCCAGCUCUGUGAACAUUACAGUAACUGUGGAUGAGAAGGCCACAGCCAACGAAACUCCAGUAAACCGUCGCCAAAACCACUUCUACCACCACACUGGGAUGUCGGAUAUCACUUUGUACCUUAUCAUCUCUCUAGCCUGUGUUUCAGCUGUGUCCUUCAUCACAUUCUUUGUUCUCAUGGUGCGCUGUUUAAGGCACCGUGGCCCAGGGCUGGGGGGCUCUGAGUGCUGCUGCUUUGGCCACCACAGGUCCAGCCGCUACCAUCAGAGACCUAGCAAAGACCUGCACCUGCAGCUCAACACUGAUGGACCCAUACGAUAUAUGGAGGUUGUGGGUGGUCCCCAGGAGCCACACACACGCACAUAUAGACCCUGUUACUCCACCAUAUCUAGCAGAAGUGACUUUGUAUUUAUGAAGACACCCAUGCUGAGUCACAACAACACACUCAACAUGACACUCAGCAGGAAGCACCUUAUGGACUCAGCCAAUGAGCAAAAACCUCCCAACAAUGACUGGCGCUUUACACAAGGACAGAGGCCUGGACCUAGUGGUCCCCACAUGCCAUACGGUACACACAUACGAUGGACGCCGAAGAGUGGGACAAGGGCAACUGGAGGACCUGAAGUUGCCAUGGGAACUGGCCCCUGGCCUCAGCCCCCUACUGAAGCUGAGCAGCUCCAGGCUCUGAUGGCUGCAGCUAACGAAGUGAGUGAGGCUACGGCCACCCUUGGGCCCGGCACCAUGGGUCUGAGCACCCGCUACAGCCCCCAGUUCACCCUGCAGCACGUGCCCGACUACCGCCAGAACGUCUACAUCCCCGGCAGCACGGCCACCCUCACCUCCAACCCCCAGCAGCAGCAGGCCACGGCUCAGCAGGCCACCCAGCAGGCGCUGCCCCCGCCCCAGGCCUCGGCCCAGCCCGAGCCCCCUAAGGCCGCCCAGACCCCAGCCUCCAAGAAGAAGUCUACCAAGAAGGAGAAGAAGUAGAUCUGGAUGGAGAGAGGUGAAGGGAUGAUGAAGCCGGUCUGAUGUGAUGAGAAGUUCAACCCCCCACACCCCACCAUUAGGUAUCUCUCUGCUCUGCUGUCACUGAUGAUGGUCAAAAUUUGACAGCAUGUCACUUUUGUUCACAUGGACAUUGUUGGUGGUUCUUAAUGAGUCUUCGAAGAAUGAAUAUGGUGAAGGAUGUUAAGUGUUACCAACUUGUGGUGUGCUAAAGGUUUAAUAUUGUUCAUGUAAUUUUUCUGGUUAGAUAUUUUUGGCAGGGAAUGGGGGGUUGGUAUCUUAUUCCUUUUUUCCUUUUAAAAAAAAAUCAAAUAAACUUGGACAAAGAGAUUCAGUAUAAGGAACCUUGCAGGGAUGACAAGGCUUUAGGCAGUGAUGUAUUCAGAGAUGAAAUGUUAAUGUCUUUCUUGUUGGAUUUAUUGUGCACUUUCCCAGAGGUGGGAAGUCCGCUAUUGUAAAGUACACUAGCCGCCAUCCAUUAGAGUCCACUAUAGGAUCACCCUUGCGGGGUCAUAAAACACAAAGCUGUUCGACAGGUAUUACAAACUUUUCUGCAUGCUCAUUAAGGUUCAAACCACAUAUACUAGUUUAGAGUUGCAAACUAUGCAUUGCAAAAGCAAAAAGGAGGACGUCCUGAAUCCACUUUCCUCCCUCCAAUUGCCGGUCAACACAAUGCAUAUGUAGCAUUUACUUGACGCAAAAUGAUAAUUACAUUUGUAAUAAUAGUUUUGAAAAAACUUCAAAAAUAAGAAUUUAAUCCUCUUGAUAUUUUAUGACCUGAGCAUGCACCCAGAGGAUGGGCUGGCAGAGGGUGCAGGUGGCAUGGCAAUGUGUUACAAGCUGCGCUGUCCAUGCAGGUGGUCUGGCAGCAGGGACAGGCUUCUUGUAUAACACCUCCAGAUGGGCACAGAUAUGUCCCGCUACCCUGCACCCACUGCACUCCCCUCCUCUCACCCAACUUGUGUCCUUUCCUUGCCCACUACCCCAAAACAAGAGCCAAACUAAGAGAAAUGCACUGUUUGUAUUCUGAAGAUAAGAUGAUGGGGGUUGUAAUCACUUCAGUCUGUAGGGAAACAUGUAGAUGUGGUAAACUUAAGUGCUUAGGAGUUUCUAGACACUUUGUAAGCCUAUAGGGCAUCAAUGAAGCUUUUCCCUUCACUUUCCUGAGGUGCUGAAGAAACUUGUUGAUGUGACACAAUAACUUUUUUGGGAGAUAAUGAUUCAAUAGCAUAGUGGAGUUGUUUCUUUAAGAUAUGAAGUCUUUACAUUGCCGUCCUUCUGUCUGUCAGGCCCCUGGCCAGAUAAAACUGCAUGAAAAAAAAGGCAGCUUGCAGGCUGGGUUCAAGGGAGUGGAAGGAGGUGCGGUGAGAGGUGAAUGGACCGAGGUGGCACCAUUGUAUCAACCAGGGGGUGGGAAACAACCUCGGCUUGACUUGCUGAAUGUACAGAGGACCCAGAGUUGACCUGCCCUCUAAAAUUUCUAUAAUGCACUGACCCACAUAGAGGUCAACAAUGCCAAGCACAGUCGUCCCUGUUGGUGAGGAGAAGCUGCUCGCAAGCCGUUUGAAAUAUCUCCUCCACUCAAAUCAAUGGGAAACCUCAUCCUUUCCACUUCACACCUCCCUGCGUCCACUCCCCUGUUCCACGAGGCUCUUCCCCGCUGUAAAUAAACACGAGUCCUGUCGAUGGUAUGAGCCAGGUGUUUGUAUAACAGGGACCACAUCCACCAUUCUGAAAAUGAAAGUCCCUCUCAACAAGGCGUGGCUUACUACUGGAAUGUGUUGCAUUUUGUUUUUCAAGAAAAGUAACAAAACCACAGUUUGGGGGAAAAAAAAAAAAAGAUCAGCAGUGAAUAAAGAUUUGACAUGUUCUUCAACAGUUUGUGUUGCAAUGUAGUAACUAAGCACCAUGGAAGCCAACUAACUCUUCAAUGUAAAUAAAUUAAUUAAAGAUAACUUUAGAUAAGUAAACAAAAGUGACACACGUAGACUAGUUAACUUGUGAUAUGUGUUGCGCAUAUUUUUGUGUUUAUUUUCUCUUAUAUCUUUUAUCACCCUGUAAAAAAAAAAAACAAGACAAAAAAAAUGGAAAUGUUUCUAUCCUUCUGUAACCUCUUAAUGUUCUUUUGCGGUGAUUUUAUCUUGUGCAUUUGUGAAAGAAUGCCUCUCAUUCUCUUUCUCUGUCCAUAUGAACAAAUGAUUAUAAAUAUUAUAUAUGUGUAAGUCCGUCCGCUGCUGAAUUAAUACUACUCUAUCCUGCUGUAUUAUCUUUCUUAUCAAAUGCUUAGCCCCCUCCCCCACGCUACACUCCCCGUGUUACUCUUAUUUUUAUGCUAAUAUUUAUAUUGCUGUUUUAUUUUCUCUUAAACACUGACAUUUCAAAUAAAAAGAAAUCAUUAAAAAUA